CAGCCAAUGGGGAGAGGGAGUGUUCGGGAGGUGCCAAGAUGGCAGCGCGCUGCUCUCUGAGAGAGUGAAAGCAAGCCGAAGGGAGUCAAUCCCUCCAAGUUCGGCCUCGGAGGGGAAGGAAGGGCGGCCUAGCUGCCUGAGGCGUCGGCCUCGUCGUCCUCCCCGCCCCGGACGGUGGCAGCUCCGCUUUGGGGAAGGAAGAGCGAUGAAGUGAUGGGAAGAUGGCGAGCGAGAGCGGGAGGAAGCAGUUCUGGAAGCGGAAUGCCUCCCGGGUACCGGGCAGUAUUCAACAUGUAUAUGGAGCUCAGCAUCCUCCUUUUGACCCGCUGUUGCAUGGAACCUUAAAACCUGGAGCCAAGCCACCCACAACUCCUGUGAAACUGAAGAAGGUCAGCACGUUUCAAGAGUUUGAAAGCAACACAAGUGAUGCCUGGGAUGCUGGGGAUGAUGACGAUGAACUCCUUGCAAUGGCUACAGAAAGCCUUAACACUGAUGUAGUCAUGGAAACAGCAAAUAGAGUAAUUCAGAAUCAUAGUAAAUUACAAGAACAGCACAAAUUGCAAGAGGAACACGUGGAAAGACAACAAGCACAGCAACCUUCAGACCUGCCUUCAGCAUCUGGUGACAACAGAUUGGUUAAAUCUGUGAGUGAAAGCAAUGCAUCAACUUCUACAGAAAGUGCUAAUGAAAAUGCUUCCAUACCAAGAUCUCAAUCUCUUCCACAAACCUCAACAGUAACUAUGGUAGGUGGAGUUGUGGAGCACAAUACCUCAGGUCUUCCAAUACUAUCGGAAAGAGAAGCAUCACGGUUAGAUAAAUUCAGACAACUUCUGGCGGGCCCCAAUACAAACCUUGAAGAAUUACGAAAGCUGAGUUGGUCAGGAAUUCCAAAACCUGUACGGCCAAUUACUUGGAAGCUCCUCUCAGGUUACCUCCCUGCAAAUGUUGAUCGGAGACAAGGCACUUUACAGAGAAAGCGGAAGGAAUAUUUUGCUUUUGUUGAACAAUAUUAUGAUUCAAGGAAUGAAGAAACUCACCAGGAUACAUACCGGCAGAUUCACAUAGAUAUUCCUCGGAUGAGUCCGGAAGCUUUAAUUCUUCAACCCAAAGUAACAGAGAUCUUUGAAAGAAUUUUAUUUAUCUGGGCAAUACGUCAUCCAGCCAGUGGAUAUGUCCAGGGCAUUAAUGAUCUUGUUACUCCAUUUUUUGUUGUCUUCACUUGUGAAUAUACAGAAGAAGAAGUGGAAAAUUUUGAUGUUUCCAGCUUGCCUACUGAAGUACUGCAGAACAUUGAAGCUGACAGUUUCUGGUGCAUGAGUAAACUGCUUGAUGGGAUUCAGGAUAACUACACUUUUGCACAGCCAGGUAUUCAGAAGAAAGUGAAAAUGCUGGAAGAACUUGUUAGCCGGAUCGAUGAGCAAGUACACAGACACUUAGAGCAACAUGAAGUGAAGUAUCUUCAGUUUGCUUUCCGCUGGAUGAAUAACUUGCUGAUGAGAGAAGUUCCCCUGCGGUGCACCAUAAGGCUUUGGGAUACAUACCAGUCUGAGCCAGAGGGUUUUUCUCAUUUCCACUUGUAUGUUUGUGCUGCCUUCCUUGUCCGAUGGAAGAAGGAGAUUUUAGAAGAAAAAGACUUCCAGGAACUACUAAUCUUUUUACAGAACCUACCCACAAUGCAUUGGGGAAAUGAAGAGAUCAGUGUUCUCCUCGCAGAAGCCUACAGGCUGAAGUUUGCAUUUGCAGAUGCUCCCAACCAUUACAAGAGAUGAAAGAACAAAAGAAAUAAAUGUAUACUGCUGUUGUGGCAUCAUUUUUCAUUAUUCUUGUUGUGUGAAACACCGUUACCCACCCAAUUAUUCAUGUGAAGCGUUCCAGUAUAGUUCUGCAAGAACCUAUGUGAUCAUUGGAUUACCAAAGAAAUGGACAACACAGAAGACCAUGUUGGUUUCAAAGGGAACAUUUUUGUUCAAUGCCUACAGAAAAGUUGGAAGCUCCCUUUUCUUAUUAUCAUGCUUCCGUUUUCCUUCAGUAAUUGACUUAUUAUGUUAAUGAAGAAAGUGUUUUAUGUUCAUUGGUAUCUAAUGACUGAUUGUCUUGUCUCCAUGAGCUUUAUUCCUAGUUGAUUGUGUUCAUUAUUUUGAUGGAAAUAUUUCUGGUGUCUGGUGUGCUUGGGAGCUAAUAGGAAUAAUCAGUCUUGCAUUGAAAAUGAGGACAAAUGAAUUGGGUGGUAAGGUCACAUAGGAGUUGUAUGGGCUUGUUUUUAUUUUAGUUUGAAACACAAAAUAUUUAAAUACCUUUAGUGUUAUCUUUGUUUACACAAAUAAACCAAGUUAACAGAUUUCAGUGGAACACAAUGUUGAGAACUUGAAAACUAUGCCACAUACAUGAACACAAGAAAUCCCCAGAUGUUAUACACUGUGAAGGGCGAAUAGUGUUAAUAACUUAUUUCACUUUACUUUCUGCAGUGUGUUGGCUGUACAUUAAGAAAUGGCUCUCUUCUGCCAUAACAAUGUACACAUAACUUAAUGCUUAAAGCUAUCAAAUAUUUUCAGUAUGUAGACUUCUAAUCGUCAAGGAUUUUUUUAAAAAUUGAGAACCUUAAUUUACAGUAAAGGAUAUAUUUUAAUGUGUGAUUGCCUUAUGAUGAAUUUCUAACAUGAUUGGAACAAUUAAAAAAUGGAUCUUUAUCUGAUGCAUUUUAUGUCUAACUCCACCAAACAUAGGCUGCUUUGAUUGUGGAGGAAACACAGAAAUAGUUGCUCUCCCAGCCAACAACCAAGUUUCUGCUUCACCCUUUCGCAUGGAUUUUUAAUUGUGUUAAGCAAAUUUUGGAACACAAGAUAGAGGGCGAUUCUGCUAUUCGAGUCUCCCUGUUUGCCAUUUCAAUUUGCUUUACUUACCAAUUAUGUUGGCUAAAAAAAGAAGUUUGCUAGAGGAAUUUGCCUGUAUAAGAUAUGCAUUUGAGGACUAAUGCACAAGUUGAUUGAAAAUUUUGUCUCACCUGAAAACAUCUAACAAAUCAAACUAUGAUUUUGGUAACUUAAGUUGCUGCACUUUAUAGAAGGCUCUAGCAAACAUUAAUAGUUAUUAACCUACUUUAAGGGCCUAUUUAUCCAAAUAGUACACUUGUAGUAUCCAAUGUUAAAAGUUAUCCCUGCACUGGACAAUUUUGGGCGAAAUAGAGGGGGUUUGGAUAUUUUUUACAUAAAUGUGCAUAGGAAGCCAGCAUACCAUCGAGAAGGUGAUGCUGCACUUUUCGUCCAUCUGUCCCAACUAGACUCACUGUCCCCAAAUGAGAUGGGAUGAUGAAAAUAGUAUUUUAUCAACACCUGCAGGGGAAUGGGUCCCCUAGCCCUCAUUUUGGAAACAUUUUUUCUUAAUUGGAUUAGCCCUAAACUGUGUAGAUCUUAAUUUCAAGAG